CUGCCUGGGACGCCUGGCCAGUCGUCGCAAUGCAAGCCCAAGUGCUGCUCCACGGUCACGAACGCCCGGAUCUCAUACCAUCAGAAGACCACCCGGGCCAUGGUGGCACCGAAGCCUCCUCUCAUACCACUGCGGUCGAGGAAUCCGCGGAUGAGCAGAUUAACGAACUCGCCCGGCGCAUCACCUCUUCAUCUCUUGCCCGAGGCAGCGCCACUAUUCUCCCAGAGCCCUCCGACAGCAGGCUGGAUCCGAAGAGCCCGGACUUCGACUCCAAAGCAUGGACGAAAGUCUUCUACAACACGCAGAUGCAGGCCCUUGGCGGCACACCACCGAACACGGCAGGGUUGGCUUUCCGGAAUCUCAACGUCUUCGGCAGGUCAGAGGUGGUCAACUACCAGAAGACCGUCGGAGGGCUCUUCUACGGCGCCAUGGACCUUGCGGCCCGUCUCCUCGGAAAGCAUCAACCCCAGCGCGUGGACAUCUUACAGGACCUUGAGGGCGUCGUAAACAGCGGCGAGAUGCUCUGUGUUCUGGGCCCGCCCGGUUCCGGCUGCUCUACUUUCCUCAAGACGGUCGCUGGCGAGGCGUUUGGUUUCCGGGUCGGCAAAGACUACACGCUCAACUACCAGGGGCUGACGGCGGAGGACAUCCGCACCAGCUACAAGGGCGAAGCCAUCUACACGGCCGAGGUUGACCACCAUUUCCCCAAGCUCACGGUUGGCGAAACGCUCUACUUUGCCGCGCGCGCCCGGUGCCCCAGAAGCCUCAUGCAGCACAAGCACGAGUACGCAGAGCAUAUCCGCGACGUCGUCAUGGCCAUGCUCGGCAUCGCCCACACCAAGAAUACGCGGAUCGGAAACGACUACAUUCGAGGCGUCAGUGGCGGCGAGCGCAAGCGCGUUAGCAUCGCCGAGGCGGUUCUCAGCUACUCUCCGUGGCAGUGCUGGGAUAACAGCACCCGUGGCUUGGACUCGGCGAAUGCCAUCGAGUUCUGCCGGACUCUGCGACUCCAAUCAGGGGUCUUCGGCAAUACCGUUCUCGUGGCCAUCUACCAGGCUCCCCAGGAAGCAUACGACUUGUUCGACAAGGUCAUCGUUCUCUAUGAAGGCCGCCAGAUCUUCUUUGGCAAGACGUCGGAUGCGAAGGCAUAUUUUGAGGGACUGGGCUUCCAAUGCCCCGAACAGCAGACGAGCCCCGACUUCUUGACAUCCAUGACAAGCCCAUCGGAGCGGAUCAUCCGUCCUGGAUGGAAGGGCAAGACGCCGCCCCGGAGCGCCGACGAGUUUGCUCGGGCAUGGAAGGAAAGUGAGCAUCGCAGGAUCCUCGUCAACGACAUCGACGACUUCGAACGCCGGUUUCCCAUUGGUGGCCCCCAAUCAGACCAGUUCCGUAUCGCUCGGUCAGCACAGAAAUCCGGCUCACAGCGGACCGGGUCCCCCUACACACUGUCGUUCGCCGGCCAGUUCGCCCUCACCCUCUGGAGGAGCUACAGGCUCUUGCUCAGCGACCCGUGGAUGACCAUCACCAUGCUCGCCACCAACUUCUUCGAGGCAAUCAUCAUCUCGAGUAUCUUUUACAACAUGCCUGCAGACUCCUCGAGCAUCGACAACCGCAACCUUCUCAUUUUCUUCACUAUCCUCAUCAAUGGGCUGGGCAGCAUGCUCGAGGUACUUACCCUCUACGAAAAGCGGAAAAUCGUCGAGAAGCACCGACGGUACGCUCUGUACCAUCCCAGCAUAGAGGCCGUUUCUUCCAUGGUCAUGGACCUGCCUUACAAGCUCGCCAACUCUACCUUCGUCAAUGUUACCUUGUACUUUAUGUGCAAUCUGCGCCGAGAACCUGGGCCAUUCUUCUUCUUCUACCUUCUCACUACCGUCACCAUCAUCUCCAUGUCGGCAUUAUUCCGCUUUCUCGGGUCCGUCACAAAAACCGUGUCACAGGCACUAGCACCCGGUGCAGUCAUCCUGCUCGGAGUCGUGCUAUACAGCGGCUUCGCCAUCCCUCAGGCCUACCUCGACGGCUGGAUCGGCUGGCUGCGCUGGAUCAACCCUGUCUUCUAUAUCCAGGAGAGCCUCACGCUCAACGAAUUCGUCGGCCGCCAGUUCCCCUGCGCCAACUUCGUGCCGAGCGGGCCAGAGUACGCAGCCGACGCCCUUCCCAUGACCGCCAGAGUUUGUUCCGUUGAAGGGUCGGUCAAAGGGGAGGCCUUCGUCGAUGGCGCUGAGCACCUUCGCAUCACGUACGAUUUCGUCAACGCCCACCGCUGGCGAAACUUUGGCAUUGUCAUUGCCCUUACCGUCUUCUUCCUGAUUUGCCACCUCGCGGCAACCGACCUGAUCACUUCGGAACAGUCCAAGGGGGAGGUUCUCAUCUUUCCCCGGAAAGUCCUCAAAAAGCAAGCCAAGGCCGGUCGCGAUGAAGAGAUGGCAGCAGCAGGACGUCAGUACAUCUCUGAUAAGGAGCAGAAACAGGACUCGGACGGCGAGGUCCAGAACAUUGCAAAGCAGACGUCCGUCUUCCACUGGCAAGACAUCUGUUACCAAGUGGACAUUAAGGGGGAGUCGCGUACGAUUUUGGACCACGUCGACGGCUGGGUGAAGCCGGGGACGUUGACAGCUCUCAUGGGGGUCUCUGGAGCCGGCAAGACCACGCUUCUCGACGCCUUGGCGUGCCGGAUCACGAUGGGCGUUGUAACGGGGCACGCACUUGUCGACGGUCUUCCUAGGGAUUCGACGUUCCAGAGAAAGACCGGAUACGCUACUCAGCAGGACCUUCAUCUUCACACAGCAACAGUACGCGAGGCGCUGUCCUUCAGCGCUCUACUACGACAAUCUACUCGCUAUACCCGGCAGGAGAAGCUCGAUUACGUCGAGGAAGUCAUCAAGCUUGUCGACCUUGAAGACUGCGCCGACGCUGUUGUUGGCUCCCUGGGCGAGGGUCUCAAUGUGGAACAACGGAAACGUCUGACCAUCGGGGUCGAGCUCGCGGCACGCCCGGAACUCCUUUUGUUCCUUGAUGAACCGACAUCUGGCCUGGAUAGCCAAACCUCCUGGUCGAUCUGCAAUCUGAUGGAGAAGCUCACCAAGAACGGCCAAGCCAUCCUAUGUACCAUUCAUCAACCGUCCGCAGCUCUGUUCCAGAGGUUCGAUCGUUUGCUCCUCCUGGCAAAGGGUGGCCGCACUGUCUACUUUGGCGAGGUGGGACCGGGUUCCUCGGUUCUUGUCGACUAUUUCCGGCGCAACGGCGCACCCGAUUUGAAGCCUGGUAUGAACCCGGCCGAGUACAUGCUGGAAGUCAUUGGCGCCACGCCAAACGCCAAAAACACCGGUACGGACUGGCCGGCUGUUUGGAGAGCCAGCCCCGAGUACCAAGAGGUUCAGAAGGAGCUUGCCCGCCUCUCUAGUAAGAAGGCCGACACCACGCCAAAGUCAACGGACCCAACGGAUCGUAGCGAAUUCGCCGCUGGUCUUCCCACGCAGGUUGCGCUGGUUACUAAGCGCGUUUUCCAGCAGUACUGGAGAACGCCGAGCUACAUCUUCUCGAAAGCGGUGUUGACGGCAGGCUCAGCUCUUUUCAUCGGCUUGUCACAAGUCAAUGCUGAGAACACGGGGCGUGGCCUGUUCAACCAGAUGCUGGGUGUCUACAUCUUCCUCGUCAUAUUCGGUAAAAUCAUCGAGCAGGCAAUGCCCAUGUUCGUCAGCCAGCGCACGCUCUACGAGGCACGAGAGAGGCCCGCAAAGGCCUACUCGUGGGUUGCGUUCCUCUUCGGCACCAUAACCGUCGAAAUGGCCUGGAACUCGAUCAUGGCGGUCUUUUCCUUCCUCUUCUGGUACUACCCCAUGGGCCUCUAUCGCAACGCACAACACACGGACGCAGUCCACUCGCGCGGCAUCACCAUCUUCCUCCAUGUCUGGGCCUUCUUCGUCUUCUCGGGCACGUUCGGCAACAUGAUGAUUGCCGGAAUCGACACUGCCGAGGUGGCAGGAGGGAUCAGCAACCUCUUCUUUGUCCUGAUGUUUGCAUUCGCUGGCGUCCUCGCCGGCCCCAAGGAACUCCCCGGAUUCUGGAUAUUCAUGUACCGCGUCAACCCCCUAACCUACGUCGUGGAAGGCUUCCUCGCCACGGCCCUCGCCGACGCGCCGGUCUACUGCCUGCCCAGGGAGCUGUUUCAGUUUGACGCGCCCGCCGGCCAGUCCUGCGGCGAGUACAUUGCACCGUACAUCGCCGAACACGGGGGCUAUGUCGCCGGGAACAACGACACGAGCAGCUGCACCUACUGCCCCAUGUCUGAGUCGAACGCUUUCCUGGCGAGCAAGAACCUGAGCUUUGACAACCGGUGGCGCGACUUUGGUUUGGUGUGGGCGUACUGCGUGUUUAAUAUUGCUGCGGCGGUUGGGUUCUACUGGCUGAUGCGUGUGCCGAAGCAGCGGCGGGCGAGCAGCAAGAAAUGAUUCCUGCUUUGCCCAGGUAGGAUAUUGGGGUUCAUGUCACUCAUUCCAUUUCAUUGGAUCCAUAGUUGGAACGUAAACUAGACUAGAUUUCUUUUCAUAUAUAUUUGUGAUUAUUAGCAAGGACCCAAAAUAAGACGCUUCUCAGCUGAGCUCCCACUGGC